GGGAGGUUGGAUUUGGCUCGGUCCAGAUUAAGUGAUCUUCUUUGGGAGGAGUCAUCGCUGCUUUUUGCUUUACUUACGGAGGACGAACCGGAGACCAUUCGUGCAGCUCAUUGUGCAGCGGAACAUCACGGAAUAAACUCUCGGAAACACCGAGCCGCCGAUUCUGCUCUCCACACCUCGCGUGCUGCUAGUAGGAAAAGGUUUUAAUCGCGCGAUAAUUUAACCAAAUUAACCAGUGUAAAAUGAGAUAGAGCUGCCUGGUAACACGGAAAGAGAUCAGAAAGAUACCCAGAGGAACAGUGAGCACACUAGCCCUAAAUCACAGAAAGUUUAGCUGCAUUCUAGUCGAUUCGAAACAAAAGGAAAAAAGAAAGAAAGAGAAAAUGUCCAAACCUAAUUACACUGGUGUUUACAACAUGAUUUCUCAGGAUAAUUUUGAAGAAUAUCUGGCGGCUUUGGAUGUUAAUUAUGCAUUGAGGAAGGUAGUCUGCAUUCUGAAACCCAGCAAACACAUUGAACAUGAUGUGAACACCGGCAGGAUGAAGAUCAAGACUGUAACCACUUUUAAGAACUUCGACAUGGACUUCACUUUAGGGCAGGAGUUCACUGAGGACCUGGGGCCAGUCGAUGGGCGAAAGUGCCAAACUACGGUGGACUGGGACGGUGAUAAAUUGAUCUGCGUGCAGCGAGGAGAGAAAGAGGGAAGAGGCUGGACACAUUGGUUAGAAGGAAACAUCCUCCAUUUGGAGCUGAGGGCUCAGGGUGUCACUGCCAAACAAGUCUUUAAGAAGACUGAGUGAGGAUGAAGAGAGAGAAACAGAGGGGCCGUUGCUGGGGGGUUUUGAGCUGAGUGUAUUCUUUGAGCUCAUGGCUCAAAAAAGGCUGGAUCGCCAUCGUUUUUUUUUUUUUUUUGUCCCUGAUUCACAACAAAUUGUAUUUAAAUAAAGACCACAAAUGAAGAAAUUGGCCACCGCUCCAUGAUGUUUCAGUUUUCCACUUGGAGUUGUGAUCAAACCAAAAUGUGAGCACGACAGCAGCACUCUGUGUGAACAUUCAUCAAUGGUACUAUUAUAAAAUGUGUAUCUGAAAAAUGGCACCUGAAAAUUGUGUUCUGCAGUUGUUUACAGUAAGUUGAAGAAGUCAUUAAAACAGACAGUGGUUGUUCAUUGUAUUUAAUGUCCAGUAACCUGCUACUGGAUUUGGCAAAAUUAUUAUGAAGUAAUCAAGUUGUGAUUAAUUAGCAGUUGUCAAACAUUGUCUAAAAAUGUCAUAAUUUGUAAGGUCUGAAAUUAAUGUCAUGUCAUUUUAUUUGUCCACUCUAAAAUACAACCAUUUAUAUUCA